UAAGAUGUUGGGAAUGGGCCACAAGAAAAGGCCGAAUGACAAUUAAGCUUCACAUCACACACAGAGAGAAGAAGAAGAUGAAGUUGUGGUGGACCAACAAUUCUAUUGAUUCAUAGAAACGUGCUUCUUCCUUCUAAUUCCAAUUCAGUAAGAUUCAUACACACUGUUUGUUACUCUCUCCUCUUCAUUCUCUAUUGUCGGUGUUUGGGUUUUUCACUUCAGAUUUCAAAUCCAAGCUAAAAACAAUGGCAGAUGUUUCCGAUAAGUUGGCUUAUUUCCAAGCGAUCACCGGUUUAGAAGAUCCCGACCUCUGCUCCGAGAUCCUCGCCGCUCACGAUUGGGACCUCGAACUCGCCAUCUCUUCUUUCACUUCCACUUCGAAUCCAACCACCGACACCACCACCCAUCGCGGUGGCGAUAAUAAUUUUCAAUCAUCAUCUCAAUCAGAACCGCCUCUCCCUCCACCUCCUCCCGGAUUGGCUUGGAAGCUAAUCAAAUUACCAGUCUCUGUCAUUUCCGGAAGUCUAGGGUUAAUUACUGGCGCAAUUGGGUUGGGAUUAUGGGCCGCUGGUGGUGUCCUAUCUUAUUCCUUGGGCUUCAUGGGUUUGGGCUCGGGCCCAUCCUCUUCAGCAUCAGCGCCGUUGGUUUCGGUAUCGGCGGCGACUACCGAAGCUAUGGAUUUCGUUGCGGCUUUCGAGAGGGAUUAUGGAAACACGACGAAGCCUAAUUUCGUGAGCGAGGGUUUCAUGGACGCGCUUCAGCGGUCUAGGAAUUCGUUUAAGCUUCUGUUUGUUUACUUGCAUUCGCCUGAUCAUCCUGAUACACCGUCGUUUUGUCGGAGGACGCUUUGUUCUGAGACUUUUGUUGAAUUUGUUAAUCAGAACUUUGUUUGCUGGGGUGGUAGUAUUCGUGCUAGUGAAGGAUUCAAGAUGAGUAAUAGUUUGAAGGCUUCGAGGUUUCCGUUUUGUGCUCUUGUUAUGGCUGCUACUAAUCAGAGAAUUGCACUACUUCAACAGGUUGAAGGUCCAAAAUCCCCCGAGGAGAUGUUAGUGACACUUCAGAGAGUGCUUGAAGAAAGUUCCCCAGUUCUUGUUGCAGCAAGGCUUGAUGCAGAAGAAAGAAGAAAUAAUAUGCGCUUAAGGGAGGAGCAAGAUGCUGCAUACAGGGCUGCACUUGAAGCUGAUCAAGCUAGGGAAAGGCAGAGAAGAGAAGAAGAAGAACGCCUCGCAAGGGAAGCUGCCGAAGCUGAGAGAAAGCGCAAGGAAGAAGAGGAGGCUCGUGAAAGGGCAGCACAGGAAGCUGCAGAGAAACAAGCAGCAUUAGCAAAAUUACGUCAAGAGAAAGCUCAGUCUCUUGGUGAAGAACCUGAAAAAGGACCUAAUGUUACACAGGUUUUGGUACGGUUUCCAAAUGGUGUACGCAAGGAAAGGAGGUUCAACAGCACAGUGACAAUUCAAUCUUUGUAUGACUACGUUGAUUCGUUGGACUGUUUAGAAGCCGAGAGUUACAGCCUAGUCUCUAACUUUCCUCGGGUGGUUUAUGGACAAGAAAAACUGACACUGUCAUUAAAGGAAGCAGGAUUGCAUCCUCAGGCCAGCCUGUUUGUGGAGCUCAGUUCAUGAGGAUAGAACAUGCCAAAUAAUCUUUUGAAUAUAUGAAGAUGUUACCUGCAGAUAGAGGACUCUGUGAUGUUUCACUUUUCUGUUAAAAGAAAAUAGACUUGAUGAAUUUUAUACUGUUAGAUGUAAUAGAUUGUUGUGGUUAUUGUAGUUUCUUGUUUAUCUUAUUUUCCAUUGAAUCAAGGAUAUAGCUAUUACAUGGAGAUGAUUUAGUAUAUUGAUACAUAAUAUAUUUUGUUUCCGACAUAAAA